UGUAGGAAACCCAGUCCGAGGGGAACAGAGGAGGGAGUCCAGCCGGCCUCGGCGCAGCCCAAACAGCUGCUGAGCGAUGACACUGCACAUGCAGCCAUUUAAAGCUUAAAGGGAGCGCGACAGCUGGGCAGGAGAGGGUCCGCGGCUGCAUCGCCUCCACACUGAGUCAGGAGCGCGGCUGAGGACGCAGGGCGCUCCUCAUCUCCACCAUGGGCGCCUUCAUCGCCAAGAUGCUGCUGCCGACAGUGAGCAGCCUGGUGUUCCUGCCCACGGCCAGCGUGGCAGCCAAGCGCGGCUUCCACAUGGAGGCCAUGGUCUACUUCUUCACCAUGUUCUUCACGGCGGUGUACCACGCAUGCGAUGGACCCGGCCUCUCCAUCCUGUGUUUCAUGAGAUACGAUGUUCUGGAGUACUUCAGUGUUUAUGGCACCGCUCUGUCCAUGUGGGUCACACUCAUAGCUCUUGGUGACUUUGAUGAACCCCAGCGCUCCACUAUGACCAUGUUCGGGGUGUUGACCAUUGCAGUGAGGAUCUACCAGGACCGCUGGGGCUACGGAAUCUACUCGGGACCGAUCGGAUCGGCUGUUUUCAUCAUUACUGUCAAAUGGCUGCAGAAGAUGAAGCAGCUGAGGGCCGUGUAUCCAGAGAAGACGGUGUACACGCAGCAGGUCGGCCCAGGGUGCUGCUUCGGAGCCCUGGCCCUGAUGCUACGCUUCUAUUUUCAGGAGUGGGACUACGCCUACGUCCACAGCUUCUACCACCUGUCUCUGGCCGUGUCCUUCAUCCUGCUGCUGCCCAAGAAGAACCGCCACGCCGGGACGGGGCGGAACGCUGCUAAGCUAAGCUGCUUCACCCUCUGCUGCUGCACCAUGUCCCCUGGUUCCUCCAAGGAGAAGACAGACGAACCCAAGAAGAAGCCGUCUCGGACCGUGUGGACGGUCCCCACGGAGAAGCCGUGGACACGUGGCUCCAUCACCCCCACUCUGCCUCUGUACAGCCCCCCGCCCUCCAGCCCCCUCAAAGGCACGAGCGUCAGCAAGCUGAAGGAGCUGAACGGCUGGAAGUGAACCAAAGCACACAGCGCUGCCUCAGACUCACCAGAAGGCUUCAUCCCCAAGGCGCAGCUCGCAGUCAGACUGGGAAAACGGGCAAGUCACCAACGAGCUGUCAGCCGGACACUGAUAAACCUGUACAAGGCUGGGAAGACGAUCUGCUUGAGCAGGAAACCAACUAUCAAAAACGUAGGAAAAACCCGGAUUGGCUGCUAGAACAUUUAAGGUCAGCAGCGUCUUCAGUAAAGAAACAAAGCUGAGGCUAAGAUUUAAGGGGACCUGGGCCGGCGGUGCCUGGACAGACCACAGCCUGGAGGCACCGGUCCAAACCCAGUACGGGUCAGAACACACAGCACGGACAGAGACGGUGGCUGAGACGAGCCAGUAAAACUGACUGCAGGAUUUAUGGGGAGAACAAACAGGCGGGUGGUUCAUCCCUCCAAAAUAUAUAAAUUGUCUUUAGAAAUGUUGGUCUGGGGAGCGCCUUCGUCUGCUCAUGUCUGUCCACACCCCUCCUCCUCCUCCCUCUCCUCGGGAGCGAGACCACUCUGCUGAGUCCAGUUAUGAGGGUUACAAGGCUGUAAAGCACAUUUGACCACUUUAUUACAUUCUUAGUGCCAAAUGUGUCGUGUGGAGCCGAGGGGAACGUUUCUGAACCGACAGGUGGACUCGUCACUCGUCACAGACUGUGGCUUUUGUUUGGUUUGAACUAAACCCUUACUUCUUAAUAUAUUGUUAUUUAUUACAGUAUCAGACUUUGUAAAUUCGGUUCCGUGUGUGUUUGUUUUUCACGAUUUCAGCUUUUGAUAAUAAAAUUCAGUGCAGUGAG